CACUUCCUAUACACAAUGGAGAUCAAUGCAUUCGCUCGCCAUGACCUCAUCAACGGUAAUGGAAUUAUCGAGAAAUCCUUUUCGCCGAAAAAAUACUGCAUGGAAUUGAGUUCGUAUGCGUAUGAUCAGCUUUGGAGAUUUGAUAUGGAGGCCCUGCCAGCAGAUCUGAUUAGAAGGAGGAUGGCAGUUGAGGAUCCAACAGCUGAACAUGGCCUAAAGCUGACCAUAGAAGACUACCCAUACGCCAACGAUGGCCUUCUCAUCUGGUCAACCAUCAAGCAAUGGAUCAGCGACUACGUGACCCACUACUACACAGACAACAGCCAGGUGUCAUCAGAUAGCGAGCUCCAAGAAUUUUGGACAGAGGUUCGAACCAAAGGCCAUAAAGACAAGAAAGACGAGCAAUGGUGGCCCAUCUUGGACACCACUGAUGACCUAAUCCAUGUCCCGACCACCAUCAUCCGGGUUGCCUCAUCCCACCACGCCGCAGUCAACUUCGGUCAGUACGACUACGCUGGGUACUUCCCAAACAGGCCCACCAUCAUGCGAACUGACAUGCUAACGAAAGAAUUGUCAGGUAAAGAACUGGAACGGUUCUGGAAGAGGAUUGAAUGCCUAGCACUGCAAAAUUUUGGGGCCACGGAAGUUUUGAACAGAAGAUUGAAUUGCCCACCAUUGGAAAUUGUUGGGGCCACAGAAGUUUUGUAUUAUGAUGACAUUCGUGCCUACAGUUUAUCCUAAUGGUAAUAACCCUAUGAACAGUUCAGAUAGCAUACACACAUUAGUAAUGACCCUAUGAACGGUUUGGAUGCCAUAU